UUGAUAGGGGAGAGUUGCUCAAUCCCCGGUCCACCCAUUUCCUCUCUCUGCAACUUAUUAGAGAAGUGCAUGUCACAGACUGAGGCAGAGAGAGGCUCUGACGGGCACAGAAGCAGCAGCGCUCCUUGUAGCACUCUCAUUCCCUGGGAUCCCCUCAUGGUCACAGGCUGUAGGUAACUCCCCAACGUCAGAAACAUGGACUCCUCUUUCUUCCAGGCAUAUUUGACGUCGCUCCUGCUGCUUCUGGCCGCCCAGCCUGAAGUCUUGGCUUCCACACUAGGAGGAGAGCAGGAGGAUAGCAGAUCUGCCACCUGUUCACUGAAGCUCCAACCGGCGGGUGAUUGUGAAGAUGGGGACACCUGUCCCUUUCAGGUCAGCCUGCCUCCCCUUGCUAUCCAGCUGCCCAAACAGUUCAGCUUGCUUGAGAAGACCUUGAAGGACCUUCAGAGCCUACGGGCUGAGGUGGACCAGCUGCGGGCCGUCUGCUUGGAGUGUCAUCCACAAGCCGACCAGAGGGAUGGUGGGGUCACUCCCGCCCCCGGCUCCUACCCAUCCUCGUUCUUGAAAAUCAAGGAUCCUCAGGAUGCCACCAGGCUGCAGGAGAUGCAGACCGAGAUGACAGAAUUGUCCACCAGCCUGAAGGAUGCCCACGCUCAGAUUGACACCCUGAGGAACAGCCUGGAUGACCAGACCCAGGUCUACAUGAAGAACGUGGAGGACCUGGUCAACGGAAAUGCGGAGAAUAUCAGUAGGCUAGUCACCCAGCUCAACAACAAGUGCCCCGGCCCCUGUCCGGCACAGGGACCACAGCCAAUAAUGGUAGCGCCGCGUGACUGCUCCGACUUCAGCGGCCACAAGACCAAGAGCGGUGUGUACCAAGUGAUGCCUGACCUGCAGCGGGGGAUGUUCGACGUCUACUGCGACAUGGAGUCCUACGGAGGUGGCUGGACCGUGGUGCAGCGGCGGCUGGACGGCACAGUGCGCUUUAACCGCUCCUGGGAGGAAUAUAAGCAAGGCUUUGGGGACCUGCGUGGCGAAUUCUGGCUAGGCAACGACAACAUCCACCUGCUGACCAAGUCCAAGGACAUGGUGCUGCGUAUCGAGCUGGAGGACCUCAACACGGUGCGGGAGUACGCCAAAUACGACCAUUUCUAUGUGGCCAACGAAUACCUCAACUACCGGCUGUCCAUCGGCGGCUACUCGGGAACGGCCGGCGAUGCUAUGCACUACGGCAAGAACUACAACCACGACCACAAGUUUUUCACCACCCCGGACCGGGACAACGACAUGUACAGUACGGGCAACUGUGGUGCCUAUUACAGCUCGGGCUGGUGGUUUGAUGCGUGCAUGUCUGCCAAUCUCAACGGCAAAUACUACAAGAAAAAAUACAAGGGCGUCCGCAACGGAAUCUUCUGGAGCACCUGGAGAAACGUCACCACAGAGCCCUAUCUCACAGGCUACCGGCAGGCUUUCAAAUCUGUCAAAAUGAUGAUCAGACCCAAGAACUAUUCUCCAUAAGCUGUGAUUAUUCAUCUACUGUCUGGAAAGAAGGUGCAAGGUUCACCGAUAUUUUUUCUGGGAGGUAGAAGGGGUGAGGUCACAUAUUUCAUGCAUCAGUUAUAGGUGACUGACAUAUUAAUACUUUCAAUACUGGUAAAAACAAGAUACCUAUGCCUAAGUUUCCACAUUUCCACUGGAUGCUAAAGUACAUUUCCAACAUUUCUUGACACUUACAGCAGCCUGUGACACUGAAUCCUAUUAAGCAGCUAACCUUAAUUGCAAUGUGUAUGCACCAGUUCCUGUGCAGGAGCCCUUUAACUGAUUUUAUUUAUAUCCACUGUUUGGAUUUGUUUAUUGCAUUUUAGAGCACACCUUCGCACAGCAUAAUGAGCCUGGGCCUGUGACCAAUCACAAUUGUUUUUUUUCUUGGACCAAUCACAAAAACACAGGCAUCACAGCAGCAGAGUGAUGUAUUCAAAGGAAAACAGGUCGGCAGAGCUUGGAGAUACAAAUCCCACAGCAAACAAACUGUACGCAUACCUAUAAAUCAGCCUGUGUAAAAAGACUGUGCUUGGAGGCUGUUGUUUGCGUAAAGUGCCCAGUUCAUUUUUUUUUUAAUAUAAAUCAGAGAAAGAGAAGUCGGACGAUUCAGCAAUGGAAUGUAAAAUACUGGGACAUAUAGAUAAAGGAUAUUAGAGAAAGAUAUACAGCGGAUGGACGAAACAAAGAGACUGAUUCCUCUCAAAGAUAGAGCUUUGUUAUCCUUCUGGAGUUCAAUUUUGUAUUUCAAAGAUUUGUCUAUUACAGUAAACAGUAUUCCUAUACAGGAUGAACUUUUGAUGGACGUAAGGAAAAAACUAUGUUGUUGAAAAAUGCUAAGUAAAGAAAAUAAAGUUUUUUACAUGCCUUGUC